CCUUGUUGGUUGUUAAGCUGUUUGCGCCUGCGCUCUCCCAAUGCUGGCGUAUCAGAGCAUGACCGAACGACAGCGCCAGUUCUAUGACAGAAUCAAGAAUGCGAAAAAAUGUCACAGACUGUGCGAUGAACUGAUUGGCGUGGCUGAAGCUCGGGCGAUCGCUGAGGCUCUUAAAGCAAACAAGACGCUGAGAGAGUUUCGUCUGUCUGGAAAUCAGAUUGACGAUGCUGGUGCGCAGGCGAUUGCCGAAGCACUCAAAGUGAACAAGACGCUGACUAUCCUGUUUCUGGACGUGAAUCAGAUUGGCGAUGCUGGAGCGCAGGCAAUUGCCGAAGCACGCAAACUGAACUCACACCUGAAUUGGAUCAAUCUGCGAUUUAACUGCAUUGGCAAUGUUGGCGUUCAAGCGCUCGUCCAUGCCUGCACUGGCGACAGCAUUCUAACGCGACUAGACAUCGACUACCAGAUAAAUCCUCUUGCAUUCUCCUUACUUCCACGAUUUGCAAGUGCUGAAGACGUUCAGACCGUGUUCCACUUGCUAAUCAGCGGACCGGAGCUGGAGGAUCAAUCGGCAGCAGCUCUGCCCGCACUGCCAACCGAGAUUGCCGAGCGCCUCAUGAACGAAGCGCAUUACUGGCAAGGUGUACAGCACAUCAAGCGAUUGCGGUCUGUUUUUGGCAAUGAGGUCAACGAUGUUUUGAAGGUCACAGUGCCUGAAAACGCAAUCCGUGUGAAAGCAAUUCAAGUGUUGCGUGAGAGGACGACGCCUACCGACAGCACCGGUGACCGCGAGGUUAAAUUGAUUGUCCGAAAUGACAGAUGUUUUCCAUACAGUUUUACUGCGAAACCGACUGCUCUCAGCUCGACCUUUGACCUUCUGACGAUCGAGCCAGCGAGUCAUCCCAUCGUUGGACAAAUAGGCGAUGGCUCGGAAGUUCAAGUUCGAUUCAGCCCGUCUGCCAAGGAUGCGCUAUUCGAAGCACUCAGGGUCAUAUACGACGAUCAAGGUCGUCGUUGGUGAAGUCUGUCUGUGGAUGCACUGUAGCCUCUGAUGUCGAAUACAGCGAAGCGUGAUCUUGCAA